GUCGUCGCUUCUCUCGCCAUUAGCGAUUUCGAUUGUUCGCCAUGCCGCCUCUAGUGCCAACCUACUCCUCUUUGUACGCAGGGAUUGCCAGGGCUUUGGAUGCUUUGCCCGAGCGGGAUGAGAAGACUGCCCACAAGGUGCGAGUAGCCCUUCGGCGCCCCAAGACGGACACCCAGGCGCGCGCGCAGCGUCCGAUCACAUCGCCAUCACUGUCUGUGAAGCCGAAGCCCGUGAAGCCGGCUCGGAAGCGGGUCAUCGUAGUGGCCCCGGGCGCAGGGACACGAGCCAACGGAGCCGUGUAUGCGGAAUUGAGCCAGAGUAUGACUUAUAGCGUUGAAGUGCUGGGCUCUUCUAUGGCACCCUACGACAGGUAUCCAGAGUCGUGGCAGCAUGGAGCACCUGCCCCGAACCUUUCCAGUUUUGCAUUGGAUGUUGUGGGUGAUGCAAUGCUUGCUGACUGUUUGGUGGUGGGCUCUCGAGGUGGGCAGGUGGUUCUGCCGAAGCUUUGGGAGGCGGUUGGCACUGCAUUGCCUCCGGCCGUGGUCAUCAACGGAGGAUGCGCAAUGAACCUCCCAGAGGUCGUGUCCUGGCCAAAGGAGGCAGUCACCUUCUUGCUGAUCGGCGGAUGCGAUCACUUUAGGUCGAACCUGACCCCUGAGGAGUACAUCGCUUGCACACAGCAAUGCGUUCCUACGAACAACGAGACUACGGCAGUCCUCUACAUCAACGAAAUGGAACACAUGCCGCAGAGCCACCUGUUUGCGCUGAUUUUGCCCCUCAUGCUGCGCAUAUGUUUGGCAUGGAAGCGCACAGCAGAGACACCAUUACGGGAUUUGCAGAGUUUGCUGACUGAGCUCAAUAAGUGCGGAGGAGAAUGGACUGGCUGUUUGUCUUUCACCUCCAACUCUGGGUGGACCGAUGUGCCCUUCGGCAGGCAUCGGACACUGCUCAGCCGCGGAACCUGCAAGGCGGAGUAUGGGCAAGGUCUGAUCCAAAGUCAACGGUCGGCCCUCUCUGCUGCACAUUGUAAAGCUGCAGUGGAACUUUUCAAUAAUUAGACGAUCCCCUCGUGAUUAAAACGAUCAAGAAAGGCGGAUCCAGCGAAAUGCUUGCCGAAUUCAUGUCGGGAGCUGGCAUUUCCACGCGAUGGGCAUCAAAGCAAGCGCGUGGAAUUCUCCUUAUAGUGCGCCAUCCUUUUGGUUGGCUGCAUGACUUGCUAUGAAAAUUCAAGCGAAGACAGGUCGCCGCUGCCAUAGGGAGGCAUGAUUCA